GGAUUUCGUGGAAUGCGUCCAUGUCGUGACGCGGGUGGUGGGUCGAGCCGGCCAUGUCACGGUCUUUGCAAGCCCGGACCGUCUCUUCAUGUGAAAUUGAACCAAUCAGAGGGGGGUUUCGAUCGCACAUUUGCAAAAAUUGCCCCGAUUUUUCAUCAAACUGUCGAAAAUCGCGGUCGAAUUUGUCAAAACCAUGCCAUGUGCAACGACGGCGACGCCACACUUGCGAUCGACAGCUGCCAACACGACCCGCAACUCUCUGCCUGUGUGACGCGAUAGCCUUCCACCCUACCAUGGACGCUUCCAACCAACGCUUAAAAGAAAAGGCAAGCGGCCUUGGGAUCCUACAAUCACGACGUGGAAUGACGACCACAUAUUCGCAUCACGGGACUGUCUGGUGAACGAGGUUGAACAGGGAAUACCCACGUGUGUGUAUUCCAAGGGCCUCAAGCACGCGUCCAUCCGAGAGCUUGGGUUAAU